ACUUAAAAGCUCCCUUAGUAUUGUUCUAUGCGCGGAAGUGAAGCACAUACUCAGAAGUUCUCAGAAGAAAGUGCAGUGAUUCUUUUGUGAUGGCAGAGGAAAACCAUUCAAAUACAGUGAGUAGUUAAAUACAAUCGAUUCACACUAAUAAUAAUAAAUUGAUAGGUAAUUAGCAAACAAUUGAUAAGCGUCAAGAGCACAUAAUAGGAACAUUUUCAGUGAGAUUGUGCAUUAUGCAAUUUAUUUGUGCAGUCGUCGUUGAUAAAAAGCAACUGGUCGCAUUCGCGCCAAAAUGUUCGGAAUUUCUUGGUUUCCGGGUUCAAAACCUUGAGUCACGUGAUGUGAUAAUCCAUUCCAAAUUAUGCUCUCACCAGCAGAUUCCCAUGGCCAAUGCCUUGACCAUCGGAGAAAUGACGGAACCCACAGACAAUCCCGCCCAGGAUGUACCAGGGAAGAAAGGAAUGGACAUAACUUACGGGAUUGACGAUGUUCCGCCCUGGUAUUUGUGCAUCUUCCUCGCCAUUCAGCACUACAUGACCAUGAUUGGCGCCAUUGUGUCUAUUCCCUUCAUCCUCACGCCGGCGUUGUGCAUGGAGGAUGAGAAUCCCGCCCGUGGAAUCAUCAUAUCCACCAUGAUCUUCGUCACGGGAUUAGUUACUUGGUUCCAGGCCACGUGGGGAUGUCGACUGCCAAUUGUUCAGGGCGGGACAAUUUCCUUUCUCGUGCCCACACUGGCGAUCCUUCAUUUGCCUCAGUGGCAGUGCCCAGCGCCCGAAGCCAUGGCCAUGAUGUCGUUCGAUGAGAAGGAAGAGAUCUGGCAAGUGCGUAUGAGGGAGCUUUCAGGGGCCAUUGCAGUCGCUGCUCUCGUGCAAGUCAUCAUCGGCUACACAGGACUCGUGGAGCGCCUCAUAAAGAUCAUCACGCCACUGACCAUCGUGCCGACAGUGGGUCUUGUGGGACUCACACUCUUCGAGCACGCCGCCACCACGGCUUCCAAGCACUGGGGAAUCGCCGUCGGCACAACAGCCAUGCUCACGCUCUUCUCCCAAGUGAUGGUGAACGUGAAUAUUCCUGUCGUGAAGUACCGCAAAGGACAUGGCCUGGAAACUCGUCCCUUCGCCCUGUUCAAGCUCUUCCCCGUUCUGCUGACCAUCGCCAUCAUGUGGGGCCUCUGUGGCCUCCUCACGCUCUUCAAUGUCUUCGAGCCGGGCAAUCAAGCUCGCACAGAUGUGCGUCUUCGCGUCCUUACAGACGCUUCAUGGUUCCGCGUGCCAUAUCCUGGCCAGUUUGGCGUCCCCACAGUCACUCUAGCCGGCGUCCUGGGCAUGCUGGCCGGCGUCAUUGCGUGCACAGUGGAGUCCGUCAGCUAUUAUCCCACAGUCUCCCGAAUGUGCGGCGCCAAAGGCAUUCCAGCGCACGCUCUGAAUCGCGGCAUCGGCGUCGAGGGCUUGGGAACGAUGCUGGCCGGACUCUGGGGCAGUGGAAAUGGCACCAACACAUUUGGCGAGAACGUGGGCGCCAUUGGGAUCACGAAAGUGGGCAGUCGCAGAGUAAUACAGUGGGCAGCGGCCAUCAUGAUUGUUCAGGGUGUUGUAAGCAAGUUCGGAGCAGUGUUCAUGAUGAUUCCUGAUCCUGUUGUCGGCGGGAUUUUCUGUGUCAUGUUCGGUAUGAUUUGUGCGUUUGGGCUUGGAGCUCUGCAAUACGUGGAUCUGCAGUCAGCCAGAAAUCUCUACAUCCUGGGAUUGUCUCUCUUCUUCCCGCUGGUUCUCUGCCAGUGGAUUCAGAAACAUCCCGGCGUCAUCCAAACCGGAAAUGAGACAGUCGAUGCGACUUUGUCUGUCCUUUUGGGCACUUCUAUCCUUGUGGGAGGCGUCAUUGGAUGCUUCCUGGAUCACAUCAUUCCAGGAACAAGGGAAGAGCGUGGCGUCGCGGCGUGGGAGAAAGAAAUUAACUCAUUUUCCAACGAUUCUCCACAGGAUGGAAAUGAAAAUACGUCCUGUUCAACGUAUGAUUUUCCUUACGGCAUGAAUAUCUUGAGGAAAUGUCGAUGGACAUCUAAAAUACCUUUCCUGCCCACUUAUCGACCAUCCUCAAAGAGGAAUUAGAGACACAAAUUAGACAUGUACAA